CAAUUCUAGACCAACUCAAUGGCUUGGCUACUCUCUAUUUGCUUCGUUGUCAUUUUCUCUCUGUGCAAUGGCUCCCCUACUCCACUCACUCGGCGGCCAUACAAUGAUGGAUUUUUAAACAAUGUAACUUUGAACAAGCACCCAAAAAAGAGAAUCUAAACAAAACAGUGAUAGUGGGAAAAUACUCACUGCCAGGCUGGGAAAUGAAGGGGCUGGUGGAGUUUGUGUCAGGGGGUCCUCAACCUGGAGGAUUUUACUUUGCCAUCCCUCGUGUAGCCCAUGCUGCGAGGCUUGGCAACGAGGCUUCCAUCUCUCAGAAGGUGGAAGUGAAAGCAGGGUACGUCUACUCUCUCACCUUUGGUGCCACAAGGACUUGUGCUCAAGAUGAGGUGCUGCGGAUUUCUGUCCCUGGUCAGACCACCGACAUCUCCAUUCAGACCCUCCAUAGCACUGAUGGAGGCGACACCAUUGCUUUGGCUUUCAAGGCAAUAGCUCCAAUUGUGAGGGUCACAUUUCAUAACCCUGGGAUUCAAGAAGAUCCUACAUGCGGACCUCUAUUGGAUGCCAUAGCAAUCAAACUAAUGCCUCCCGCAACAUAUACCAGAGGUAACCUUGUUAAAAAUGGUGGAUUUGAGACUGGUCCCCAUACCUUCAAGAACUUCUCAACAGGGGUCCUCCUGCCUCCAAAGAAGCUAGACAGAAUCUCCCCACUCGUUGGCUGGAUAAUUGAGUCCCUAAAACCAGUAAAAUACAUCGACAAAAAGCACUUCUCCGUUCCUUCGGGACUCUUCGCCGUUGAACUGGUUGCCGGAAGAGAGAGUGCCAUUGCCCAAAUCAUCAGAACCGUUCCCAACAAAUUCUACACUCUCACAUUCACCGUCGGAGAUGCCAAGAACGGCUGCCAUGGAUCCAUGAUGGUUCAAGCAUUUGCAGGCAAGGAAACUCUCCAGGUCCCAUACGUAUCUCAAGGGAAAGGUGGAUUAAAGACUGCAAGUUUUAGAUUCCAAGCCAUCUCUGCUAGGACCAGGAUUACGUUUUUCAGUGCCUAUUACCAUACAAAGUUGGAUGAUUAUGGCCAUAUCUGCGGUCCUGUUCUGGAUGAUGUCAUUGUUCGUCCUGUUUUUUAAUUAAUGAUUUCGGCUUUGAGGGUUUGUUUUCUAGUUUAUUUGGUUUUUGAAAGCAUUGUAACGGGAAAAUUGGUGUUAGACUUGGACCUUUUACUUAUAAUUACGAAAAAAAUUAAGGUCUUCGAAAUAAUUUCCUUAGUUUCUAGAUGAGUGAUUUACUACUUCUUUUAUUAUUAUU